AUGUCCGAGCUAGCCGAUGAUGUUUUGAAAGGGAAGUAUCCAGCCAAAGCUCAUGUUAAGAAGGUGGUCGAGUACAUCAAGGCCCAUGGCGGAGAAGCCUCAGGAGUUAUCUAUCUCGAGGGCCAGAAGACAAAGAUGAACGAAGACAACGACCAGGAAGCACCUUUCAGACAACGCCGUUAUUUCUACUAUCUGACCGGUUGCGAGCUGCCUGACUGCUACUUCACCUAUGACAUCGCAGCAGACAAAUCCACGCUGUUCAUCCCGCCCAUUAAUCCGGAAGAGGUCGUGUGGUCUGGCCUGCCUAUGACAACGGAGGAAGCGUUGGAGAAAUACGACGUCGACGCCGUCCUCCCCUCGACCGAAGUGAACGGCUAUCUCGCCUCCUCCGAAACCUCCAAAUCCACCGUCUUCGCCAUUCCCGGUCAGGUGUCCGACCAUAUCACGUUUCUUCCAUUUGGCGAGACGAAGUUCGACUCCCUCAAACCCGCCAUCGAAGAAUGCCGCGUCCGCAAAACCCCCUACGAGAUCGCCCUAAUCCGGGCCGCCAACACCGUCUCCACCGCCGCCCACACGGCCGUCAUGCGCGCCGUCUCCCACGCCACCAAUGAGCGCGAGCUCGAAGCCAUCUUCCUCAAGACGUGCAUCGAGCGCGGCUGCCGCAACCAAGCUUACAGCUCGAUCGUUGCCAGCGGCACCAGCGCUGCGACGUUGCACUAUGUGCGCAAUGACCAGCCUCUCUCUGGGAAGUUGAAUCUGCUGCUCGAUGCGGGCGCGGAGCUGGAGUGUUAUGCGUCGGACAUCACGCGCACGUUUCCGAUCAACGGGCGGUUUACGCAGGAGAGCAGGGAGAUCUACGACAUUGUGCUUGAGAUGCAGCGGUCGUGCAUUGAGAUGUUGAGGGCGGGGGUGGUGUGGGAUGAUGUUCAUGCGCACGCGCACGAGAUCGCUAUCGAUGGCCUCAUCCGUCUCGGAAUCCUUAAAGGCCAGAGGGAGGAGAUCUUCGAGGCGAGGACGAGCGUGGCGUUCUUCCCCCAUGGGCUGGGGCAUUAUCUGGGCAUGGACACGCAUGAUACGGGCGGGCAUGCGAACUAUCAGGACAAGAAUCCAAUGUUCAGGUAUCUGAGGGUCAGGGGUGAGGUCCCGGCUGGGGCGGUCAUUACGGUCGAGCCGGGGAUUUACUUUUGUCGGUUCAUUGUGGAGCCGUAUCUGGAGGAUGAGAAGCAUGCGAAGUAUAUUGAUAGGGAGGUAUUGGAGAGGUAUUGGGAGGUCGGAGACAACGUGCUCAUCACCGAGGAAGGAUACGAGAACCUCACCGAUACGCCAAAGCAGGUGGACGAGAUGGAGCGGUUGAUCAUGGGGUGA